AUGGAGGCAGCGGACGUGCCGCCCGAGGGCUACUCGCUCAUCAAGGCCGUGUACCAGCGGCGGCUGCGGCUGACGCGGCUGCUCAUCGACGGCGGCGCCUACGUCAACGAGAGCAACAGCCGCGGCGAGACCCCGCUCAUGGUGGCCUGCAUGACCCCGCACGCCGACCUGCAGAGCGCCAGCAAGGCCCGGAUGGUCAAGUACCUGCUGGACAACAAGGCUGACCCCAACAUCCAGGACAAGUCGGGCAAGACGGCGCUGAUGCACGCCUGCCUGGAGAAGGCAGGCCCCGAGGUGGUGUCGCUGCUGCUGCUGAGCGGCGCUGACCCCAGCCUGCCGGACCACUCCAACUGCUCUGCGCUGGUGUACGCCAUCAACGCUGCCGACAGAGACACCCUGGAGCUGCUGCUGAAGGCCUGCAAGGCGCGAGGCAAAGAGGUCAUCAUCAUCACCACCGACAAGUCCGCCUCGGGCAGGCAGAAGACAAAACAGUACCUGAACGUGCCUCCUCCAGACCUCGAGGAAUGCGCUUCUCCAGCCGACUGCACCUCCCCGUCAGAGAUAGAACCAGAUGAGGGUCCAGAAGACCCAUUCAGCUUUAAAGAGCUGUAUGGUGGGCAGCAGGGGGACAGCUCCUCUGAAAGAGUGCCACUGAUGACCAAAUCCAGCUCCGCACCAGCGCGGUUCAAGCUGACACAGGUGCUGCAGUGUGACCCGUGGCUAAAGUGCUGCCCAGCAGUGUUCCAGCAGAGGAAACUUGCUUCUCCACAAGAACUCCAGAGUAUCAGUCCCAUGGAAGAGCUCUCCUGUAAAGUCGGUGGCCUUGACUUAUGCAAGAGUGUCGCCUCCAGUCAUGAAAGUAGAGACAGGAAGGACACUGCUCAGGUACUGAGAACCUCUGAUCAAACCAUGUCAAGGAAAGCACUACGUGAUGCAAUAAACUAUCAGCCUCCUUUUGUUGAAGAGAAACACAACCCCAGUGAGAUUCCCAUGGGCAUGGAUGCCAGUCUGGGACAAAUCAGCUUACUUUCAAACCUUGGCAAUAUUAUCAAGAAAGGAAGUGGAGAAGCAAAUUACAACAUCUCCGGUUCUCAGUUAACCAACAGUCUAAUUCCUGCUGCUGAUACCAAAGGUAGUAAGUCACCAAAAGGAAAUAGAGAGAUUCUUCCUACGUACCAGACUUUGUUACCAAGUCCAAGAAGAGGUCUAGAGAUGCCUCCUCUUUCCCCAAGAGGCAGAAAUCAGGCUCCUCUAGAGGAAGAGGCCUCAGGAGCCUCAGUGCUGGAUCCGACGAGGCCAGGUUUUCUGCCUCCACUGAAUGCGAGCCCCCGCCCCCCGGUUCCAGAGCUCACUGUCAUAAACACAGUGUCUGGAAUGAUUUCUUAUGGACAAACUCACUUAGCCCCCCCAGGAUCUGCUUUCCCUAAGGGGACCAAAGAGACGAAUCUGAUGCGGAGGAGGCCCUAUGAGCAGAUCACAGUCUGACCAGAUUCAGCAGUCACUGAAUCUUUAACAGGAGAGCAAAGGGGAUCUUAAUGAUAUGUAAAUAUUCACUGCAGUCCUUAACUGUAAUGGUAUGUAUCACAAAAUAGAGCAGGUCUGUGAUGUAAAGUAAUGUCUGCCUCAGGAGUAGUGGUACAGCCCAGAAACUAAAUGAAAAGACAUCUAAUGAGGCUGUCCUCUGCAAUCUAAGCAGUGUUUAUUUUGCUGGUUUUGUAAAGUUUUCGGCUUGCCUGUGACGGACAACCCACAGCAGUCCUUAAGUGUUGCAGUUCUCAUUGCAGGUUGUAAAUGCUACCCCUCCAGGCUUUCCCCGAGCACACGCCCUUGCGGCACCCAGAGCGGCGCUGCACACGGAGCGUGGGCCCCCGGAGCGUUUGACUGCGAUGCCGGACCGGAGUGCCCGUGUCCCGGUUGUAUAUACGCACACAGCCCCC